GUAAAACCCUAGCCUCCCUGCUUCUUCUUCUCUCACACAAAGAGGCUUCAAUCCGCCGUACAAAAAUGACAGGAGAAGCUGUGAAUCCAAAAGCGUACCCACUGGCUGAUGCUCAGCUUACGAUAACGAUAUUGGAUCUUGUUCAACAAGCCGCUAAUUACAAGCAGCUUAAAAAGGGUGCUAAUGAAGCUACAAAGACCCUUAACAGGGGUAUAUCUGAGUUUGUAGUGAUGGCAGCAGAUGCUGAGCCUCUUGAAAUUAUUCUUCAUCUUCCCCUCCUUGCUGAAGAUAAGAACGUACCAUAUGUUUUUGUGCCCUCAAAGCAAGCGCUAGGGCGAGCGACUGGUGUCACAAGGCCUGUAAUUGCAUGUUCGGUGACCAGCAAUGAAGGCAGCCAAUUGAGGUCUCAAAUACAGCAACUCAAGGAUGCGAUUGAGAAGCUUCUGAUCUAGAGAGGAAGUAUGGAAAUUCGGUGUGAUGGGCCUGGAUUGCAUUAAAGAGGCUUUGAUCUUUCUUUUCCUACAACUAUCUUAAUAUAUGUAUCAAAUUUCGUUCUCAAUGCAUUUUUGUACUCUCUUAAGUCUAAACUAUUCUCAUUUCUUGUUUUAUGUAACAGUUUAAAGUCUUAUCAUGCCU